AUGGUCGGCAAGCGAGCUCUCCCGAGCUUAACGACACAGAGUCGCCCAGGUUCUGCCAAUGGGCCAUCGAGCAGUCGGCAGCGGGAAGAUCUUGAGAGUGGAGGGGAUUCGAAUUCAUACCAAAACAGCAAUGGCAAUGGAGCGCGGCCGCGACCCGAUCUCUGGCGAUUCCGGGAUGCAGCGAAGACGGCAUUGGAAGACAAGAGACGGGAUGAGCUGAAGAAGACGAUAUUACAGGGCGUGAAUCGGGAUGGACUGGAGAAGUUUCGCAAGUCCGAUGAGGAAUUGAAGGAGAUGAAGAACAAGAAAGUGAGGAAGUUCUAUCAGGAACAGAAUCAGCGUUUGAACGACUGGCUGGAGGUAGAUGCCAUUGUCAUGGCUAUCGCGGACGAUGUGCUGGAGAGCAUGGAUCCGGAUCCAGACCAUGACGGCCACCGCGAGCGAACAGGAGGGAUCCACGAACAUCUCGGAAACAUUGGAAAAUUGCUCCCUGAAGACGAACAAGAAAGGAGAGGGAAAGCCGAACGCAGAGCGAAGUGGGCCAUCAACAUCAAUGUCAUCGCAAACAUCAUUCUUCUUGUCGGCAAGAUCGUGGCAGCUUUUAGCACAGGCUCCCUCUCCCUCGUGGCCUCCCUCGUCGAUUCGGCUCUCGAUCUCCUCUGCACCCUCAUAGUAUGGACAACCAACAAACUCGUGGCCUGGCGCCUCAAUGCCCUCCAACGCAAGUUUCCCGUCGGACGAAAACGCCUGGAACCCAUUGGAAUCUUGGUCUUUAGUAUCAUUAUGGUCAUUUCCUUCCUACAGAUCUUGAGGGAGUCGGUUGAGAAGAUUAUGCCGCUGCAGGGAGAAGCGGAGAAAUUGCCUGGAGUCGCGAUCGGAGCGUUAGUAGCGACGGUCGGAGUGAAAGGAAUCAUUUGGUUUGGCUGUAUCCCGAUCAAGACGACACAGGUGCAGGCCCUCGCGCAGGACUGCAAGACGGAUGUCAUCUUCAAUACGCUUUCCUUGUUGUUCCCGUUCAUCGGGUACUACGCAAACGUCUGGUGGCUGGACCCAGUGGGUGCCGGGCUCCUAUCAUUGUUCAUCAUCUACGAUUGGGGUGAGUAUUUCCACACCUGCCAGGACCCAUCAUCUAGCUAACCACAGCUCUCUCACACAUACAGGUUCGACUUGCUUCGAAAACGUGACACGGCUCUCCGGCGAAGCAGCAGAACUCGACCUCGUCAAGAAACUCAUGUAUCUUGCCUACCGCUUCAGUCCCGUUGUGGAAGGCUUCAAGAGCAUCACGGCAUACCACGCAGGCGACGGAGUUUGGGUGGAAUUCGACGUCCUUCUCCCCGCAGACACCAAACUCUACCGUUCGCAUGAUAUUGCGGAAACGCUCCAGUAUUGCGCAGAAGGACUUGAUGUGAGUCGAAAGCCAAGCCAAAAAAAACCGACAUGUUGCAAGGAUUUCUCACUGACUUUUGAUUUUUUCUUUAAUUUUUAGACCGUUGAUCGCGCUUUUGUUACGACAGACUACAGCUCCAGCGGACCUACAGGACACGCCGCGGAUGCUGAGAAUAUAUAA